CACAAAGGAGCGAGCGGCUGGAAGACGGUGACGCCGAGAGCCAAUCACCGCGGCAGCGCGGCGAUAAAAGGGCUUGCGAGCGGCCGUGGGAGCUCGCAGGAAACCGCUCCCCACUCCCACAGCCCCGGCCUCUGCCGCGGGGACACGGGAGCGACGACGCCCCAACGGCGGGGACGGCUGGACGGACACACCGCCGGACAGACCCACCCUGCUGCGGAGAAACCCUCCGGUGAGGAGCAUAUGGCCAAAUGAUCAAGCCGAGUCCAAACCAGCUCCAGUGUUAACGUCCUUGUCAAAUGGGAGCCCCGCAAGAAGCAAAUUCCAGUUAUGAAGAACCAGCCUCUUGGGCUUUGCAAAGCGGCUGGGUGCAUCUUCUCUUUCACACAGCUCAAAAAUAGGUUUCUGACCUUUUUUAGUCAACGAAAAUCCCGCGAGGCUCCUCUUGAGGGAAGGGAGUUCCUCUUCUGGUUUCCUCUGCGAGUCGGCGCUGUGAGCCCAGGCCACCCCUGCGCUCCGCCACGGCCAUGGAGCUUUUCCUCCACUGCCCAUCAGCUCCCGCAGGGCUGUUGUCCACUCUCGGGCAGCCGCCACGCGCCCCCAGAGGUGUUUUGCCGUUCACUUUCCGGUUAAGUCAUUCUUUAUCUGCCAUCUGGGGGUGGUGCAGAGCUCACCUAGCAGCUCGCAAAGAGCUCUGGGCUGGAAAACAUUCAGUCUGGGUGAAGGGAUUAUUGCAAUCGAUAUUAAGCGCACUUCAGACAUAGAUCUCGCCCCUCUGGUGCACCCUUCACCUUCUCCAUAUGGCCGGCUCCAGCAUUUUCAGACACAAGGAGCCUCAGGAAGCCCGAUGUGCCUCUCCAGGACUUGCUGUUACGCUUCAUGUUUGGGGAAAGGGGAAAUUAAAAGCAAUUACAGGUCCAUUACUUGGAAUACAAUAAAAGGUGAGUUCCUAGAAUAGGUUUGGGAAGAGUCACCAAGGACAUGGUGCUGGGAAGCAGAAUAAAACGCAGGGUGGUUUUAACACACAUUACAUCAAAUCGGUUCAGUAUCUUCCUCGGAUGUGACAACUGACUUCCGAAACAACAGGGUCUCGUGGAUCUGGAUGUGAGGAAAGCACUUGGUACCGUGGCCCAGGGGAACGAUUAUUUUAGGUGGAGACGGGAAAGAGAAGAAGGAAGAGGCGGCUGAAUGGAAGGAGGACCCUUGGAUCCUUCCCUGAGAGGAGAUGUGGGGACUGAACUGCGACACGAAGCUGCUGGGGCUGGGGGGACCCCAGCGAACGAGGGCACUGAGGAAGAAAGAGCACCCAGGGUUUGUGACGGAGGAAGAGCACAGCAGGCCAGAUGUUUUCGGGGCGGCCAGAGAAGCAUUUGUACCGAACACAAAGAUCUGGGGUCUCGUGCAGUGUGGUGCCCCCAGCCCAGCCCACCUGCCUGCAGCACUGGCUGUGGGAGCAGAGAACCCACCUUCUCAGAACUGAUCACAAGGAAUUGGCUUCUCCUGCUAAAACAAGGGACUAACAGGGAACGUGGCCACUCUGCAGGAAUCCCUCUGAGAGGCAAAUACGGUGGGAGAACUAGGAACGUAAUGCCAGCACAACAGUAAAUGGCUGCACGUUUAUGGAGGAAAGCGGAAGGUGGGGGUUCCAGGUGGAGCGUGUUUUAUGGAAGAGAUUAUGGAAAAAAAGGAGAGAAGAGCAGCAGGAACUGCUAUUUGCCUGUUGUGCUUGUUCGCACCAGGUUCACGUUACACUUAAUCAGAACUGUGCUGCAGAGCUCCCAAACCUUCCUCCCGGGGAAGCAGUUUGGCCUCAUGUCCAACCUGAGCCUCCCGAUCUGCAACUUCUGGCCGUCGCCGCUUGCUCCGUCCCCUGCCAUCGCUGGGAAGGGUUUGUCUCUGCUGGAAGAGGCUCUUCUCAUCCUCCCAGCGGCUUUCUGCGGGGUUUCUCCGCUCCGCCUGAGCUCCUGGUGAGACAGGAGACCCAGGGAGCAGAACCUCCAUUUUUAAUGGAUGCCAUUCAACGUGGCCACAGCCCCAUGCUCCGUGUUUCUGGAAAAGGGAUGAAUCCCUGUAGCAUCUCCCUGUCCUCUCUGCCCUGUCACAUAGAAGCAAGAGUUGGGGACAAGCUGGGUCCCCCUUGUUUAGGGUCCUUUCACCUCCCCAUCAGGGCCGAAGGUGGGACAGCACAACGGGUGGGCAGGGGCUUCCCCGGGGCGCCCUCCUUGCUCGUGUGGGUCCCUCAUUGUUGCCCGACAAAGGCAGCCCUGUUCCUCCCCACAACUAUUCCUUGUCCGCGGCCCUCGGCGUUUCGGCCGCACAUUUCCUGCCCGCUGGCAGCUCUUCAAGAGGCAGCCCGGGCGCGGGACGUGGACGGAAAGCGGAUGAGUGGAAGGUCAGAAAUGUGAUGAACAGGGCCAUGGUGUCCGCAGAACUGGCCUGGCCGCUCCUCCACCCUGCGUCAGGCCAGCGAGAACCUGCCCUGGCCCCCAGACACUGCUGAGGGCAAGUGGUUGGCUCAAAGCCACCCAAGGAGCCAAGAUCUGAAGCUGAUUUAAGGUCUUCCAUGACUUAAAGCUGGAGCCACGACCACUGGGCUCACUCCAUCCUCCCGCCACAACCACGUCUCACUGUUUCUGCCCACACCUGAGAAGGUGAAGCAGCGCUGGGGAUGCUGUGCCCCCCGCCCUGUGCCCAAUUCUGGCGCUGGCCCGUUUGACGCUGGCUCUGCACCAUGUUUUGUGUCAUGCUGUGGGCUGGCUGCAGAAACAGGGGCUGGGGGGGUUCCCAGGCUCCUCCAGCUCCCGUCCACCUCCUCCCACACUGUCCUGCUGCCAGAGCCGGAGGGUCCGCGCCUGUCCCCUGUGCACUAAUCCUGCCCAUGAUCUUGGGGACAUUGCUCCCCACGGCAAUCAGCCCAUGAUUUCCUGGGGAAGAGGAUGGGGAGCUUCCCCGGGGGGCUGAGUCCCUGCCCGUGGCCUCACCGUGCUGCUGGGGAUGGACGCUCCACGUCCCCCCAGGAUGGAGGAGGAAGGGGUCCGGAUCCCCCAUGCUGGGGACACUUCAUGUCCCCCUGGGAUGGAGGAGGAAGGGGUCUGGAUGCCCCCCACGGCUCUUUGCCUUCGGGAAAGCCUCUUGCAAGGGCGCAGUGAUCCCAGCGGUAAACAUCCACUUCACAGGGCCGCUAAUGGGAACCAGAUGGCAGAAAGGGGCCUCUCGCCCUCCGCACUCGGCUGCUUUCCUGAGCCGGAAACCCUCCGGCUUUCGGAGGGGCCAGCGCCGGGCUGGGGCCCGCGGGAGCAGCCGUGGGGCGGGAAAGGCUCCCGCUCCCACCCCCGUGUGGGAAACGCGAGGCUUGGGAGGCAGGAGUGGGGAAUUUCCUUGAGGGGCCACCCUCAAUGAUUUUCUGUCCCUGUGUCUGUCCCCAGGAAGGUGAGAGGGGACGGGAGAGGCUGCUGGGGAGAAAGGUCUGUGACCCAACAGCUUCUGUGACAAACGUUGCCCUCCUCACCCCAAACUGCCCCCUGCUCAGCGCUAAAAGAACCGCAGCUCCUCUCCAUCUGCUCUCACACGGCCCCCGCAGAUGCCAGACCAGCUCCCGGGUCCUGGGUCAAACACCAACAUGCUGAGAUCACCCAAGAAAGCCCCCGGAACUGGUGAUGAUCCGGGCUGGCGGCUCGGGCUGCAAGUGCAUCCGCCGGCUCUGGUGCCGCCUCUCUGGAGCGCGCUGGGAUCCAGCUCCCUCCCUGCCAUCCUGCGGCCACCGGUGCUGCCAUCAGAAGCUGCUCCAUCUCCCUGGGGAGCUGGAACAAGCGCAGGAGGAAAGGUGCUGGGUUUGUUUUCCACACCAGCCAUCAGAUGGUCCCGGGAGGAUUAUGACGAACAGGGGCUGUAGAGGCAAAGGGGUUCUCACCUCAUCCUGAGUCAGAGCCCUGAAAUCGCUGCCUGAGUGACCAGGAGAGGACAAUCCUCAGUCCUGCUCUCCCUGAGCUGCGUACCCAUGUUCCUUAGAGAACAGAGGUUUGGAAAAGCCAGGUCUAGCAGUUACGGUGCCAGCCUCCACCGCGGAGACGUGGCUUUCCAGCUGUGUCACAUAGGUCCUCUGUGCUCCCCAGACCAGUGAGACCCCCCGCGCAAUGGAGGUUUGCCCUGGCAAUUGUAAAGGCUUCGUAACACCGACGUGGCAGCGUGUCCUUAAGCAAAUCUUAUUGCCACUGGGGUUUCUCGACUCCUGGAGGCCCCGGGCUCGCAUCCCACCCUGUGCAGACUAACGCCUCCUUGGAAGAGCGGUGACAGGGGCUGGGAGCCUCCUGGAAACCCUCCCGCGGUUUCUCACCGGUUCUGUUUCUCUUAUCGCCCCAGCACACCCUUCCCCUUUGAGAUUUCUCCUCUCGCCUCCUGCCCUUCGGCAGGAAGGACGUUUUGCAACUUGUACUCGCACAGCUACAGCGAGGAGACCUCGCGUCCCAAACGACGGCUGGGAGCGGGGUGUUGCAAGAGGUCUGUCUUCGACACCUCCCCAGGGAACAUCAGCCCACAAACUUCAAGCUCAGGAUUAAACAGACGGAGGAAGGGAAGGAAGCAUGUUCCAGGCCACGGGACCCGCCAGUCCACCCCCAACCCAUGAGGCAAAGAACAACUCAGGAGGCAGCACGGUGCAGCGCUCCAAGUCCUUCAGCCUGAAGGCACAAGUGAAGGAGAUGUGCACCGCCUGCCAGAAAACCGUCUACCCCAUGGAGCGGCUGGUGGCGGAUAAAUUCGUCUUCCACAACGCCUGCUUCUGCUGCAAGCACUGCCACACCAAGCUCAGCCUGGGCAGCUACGCGGCGCUCCACGGGGAAUUCUACUGCAAGCCCCACUUCCAGCAGCUCUUCAAGAGUAAAGGCAACUACGACGAGGGCUUCGGGCGCAGGCAGCACAAGGAGCUGUGGGUGCACAAGGAGGUGGAGAGCGGGACCAAGACGGCGUGAGCGGGGCCAGCCCACCCUUCCCCAGACCCGGCGGGGACGGCACGGAGCGGUGCUGAGCUGGGCGCUGACUGAGCUGAUGUAAAGCAAAGGGGACCCAAGCGGGGGGCAAAGGAAGAGGGGGAGCCCAGGCCAGUUUGGAGGAUGCUUAGGGGGGUACUACAGGCCAUCGGGACAGGGCAGAGCCCCCACAUCUGGAGGCCUCUCUCCACAGGCUCUGAUGAGACCAGACCUGGAACCUCAGCCCUUUUCAUACAUUUUUGGGCUGCCACCAUGGAAAAGGAGAUGAUCUGGGGGCUUAACCUGGCCUAACGAGUCACAGGAGAGCUCCCAGCGCCUGCCACCCCAAUCCUGCCUUGCUGGGGCUCUGGGGAAGGAGGGUCCUUGGUUUACAUCAGCUCAGUUCAGCUGGGAUUGUUCAGCCUUAAGGAUGUUGCCCUGCGACUGUUUAACAGUUUCUGUCUUUUUAUAUUUGCCUUUGACUGGUACGUUCUGCGCUGGAGCCUGGCACGGCAGCUUCACGCGGGACAUCGCGCCGUGCGCUCUUUUAUUUUUGUAAUACAAGGUUUCCGAGCCUUC